UCAAAUUGAGAAGUGACAGAUGAGGGAGGCAAUAAAAACCAAAAUCAGUGUCCCUUUCUGGUUGUUUUACAGUGUGCCUUAAACUCAGUUAAUGUUAUUUAUUGGUGCUGCAGAACAAGGUUUUUCAGGAUCCUUGUCAUGUUCCCCAAGCCCCAAAGAAAGAUUCUCAUUUUCUUGAAUUUAUGUAUUUUGUUUUCUCUCUUCUUAAUGGGCUUCCUUGGUUUCUGGUUUUGAGGACACCCGUUUCACAAAACCCUCCAAAAAUGCUUUUUGGUGAGGCUCUGUACAUUGUGGUUUUGAGAAGAAAAGUUUGAACUUUUUUUUCUGAGUGUUUGAUGUAAAGUUCCGAUUUGGUUUGUUCAUAAAUAUUGGUUUAGCGGAGUUGUUGCGUCACUGGUAGGUUCAAGAAGUGGAAAGGAAAUUGCAGGGGAAGAGUCUGUUUCUUUAGUAUUUGGCUCUCUUUUUCAGCUUUAAUGGUGGAAAAAGAAGGAAAAUGGCAAGGGAAAGUGAUGUGCUUUUGGGAGUGAACAGUAGAAAAAAGUUGCAGAGAAGUGCUGUGAAGCUCUGAAGAUUGAGAAAAGAAAAUAGAAGAAACGCUGGAGGAAAAAAAGAAAGAAAAUAAGGGGAAAAAUAUGCCAACAGUUUGGCUUUCCCUGAGGAGAUCUCUGCAUUGCAAAUCAGAGCCAUCAGAUGUCCAUGAUCCAAAGGCCAGGAGACAACUGAGCACAAUCUUGACUAAAAAACCAUGCAGGUCUGGUUGUUCAAGGUCUAUAGCAAAUCUGAAAGAUGUCAUACAUGGAAGUAAGAGACACAUGGAGAAGCCACCAAGUUGCAGCCCAAGAUCUAUUGGGAGCAGUGAAUUUCUAAACCCAAUAACCCAUGAAGUGAUUCUCAGCAAUUCAAGGUGUGAGCUUAAAAUCACUGGUUUUGGUGGUUUCCAAGAAGGCGGUGGUGGUGGUGGUGUGGUGGUGGUGGUGGUGUGGGGUGUUGGGACUGGUGGUGGCUCAACCUUUGUGGGUACUUUAAGACCUGGUACACCUGGCCCUGGAGGCCACCCUACAAUGCACUAUUUCAAGAGCCCAUCAACUCCUCCAAGAAAGUCCCCUUUUCUUUUAUCAGAUAGAGAAGGGUCUGGAUUUGGGGGUUCUGCCAUUUUUGGGGGUGGAAGUGGAGCUAUUCAUUCAAACAAUAGGGCUUCCCUUGACACAGAUUCUAAUGGGGCUUCAGCAGUCACAUGCCAUAAGUGUGGUGAGCAGUUUAGCAAGUGGGAAGCUGUUGAAACUCAUCAUCUCUCUAAGCAUGCAGUUACUGAACUUGUGGAAGGCGACUCAUCAAGGAAAAUCGUUGAAAUAAUAUGCCGUACAAGUUGGUUGAAAUCUGAGAAUCAUUGUGGCAGAAUUGAGAGGGUGCUGAAGGUUCACAACAUGCAGAAGACUCUUGGUCGAUUUGAAGAAUAUAGGGAAAUGGUGAAGACAAAAGCCAGCAAACUCCCCAAGAAACAUCCACGCUGCCUAGCCGAUGGGAAUGAGCUCCUGAGGUUCUAUGGCACAACCAUGACUUGUGCGCUUGGGGUUAAUGGUUCCUCCAAUCUCUGCAUAUCAGAUAAAUGCUGUGUUUGUAGAAUUAUAAGACAUGGGUUCUCUGCUAAGAAGGAGCUCAAGGGUGGGAUAGGGGUUUUCACCACUUCCACAAGUGGGAGAGCUUUUGAAUCUAUAGGAGUCUAUGACGAAGAUCCAUCUAUAAGGAAGGCAUUGAUAGUUUGCAGAGUGAUUGCUGGAAGGGUUCAUAGGCCCCUGGAGAACAUUCAAGACAUGGCUGGCCAAUCCGGGUUUGAUUCAUUGGCUGGAAAAGUGGGUCUAUAUUCAAUUGAGGAGCUCUAUUUGCUGAAUCCUAGAGCCCUCCUUCCUUGCUUUGUGGUAAUCUGCAAACCUUGAAGAAAAAAAGAAAGAAAAACACAUGCUUAAGUUGAUAUUAUGGAGGUCAUGGGAAUCCUUUUUUUAGUUUUUGGUAGAGGUUUUUUGUUUUUUUUUUUCCCUUUUGAAAGAAUUUUGAUUCUUCUCAAACUUGUUGUGAUUUGCCCAUAGAUAAAAUUUGUGAUUCUCUAUGUCAACUGUAUCUGCCAUCUCCGAAUAUUCUCAUAUGUCAUGGUAUUGUACUUCUCUUUAUUCAUUAAUGGCUUGUAUUUGUUGAUGCAAACACUUAUAAAAUCUGUAUAUUUCCUUCA